GCCACCGGAAAUGGGCUAUAUAAGCCCACCACCCGCCUCGCCUCUGCCAAGUGCUCAACCUCCCACGCUCAGAAACCCAGAGCCAGAGCAGAGCCAAACCCCCGAGAAACCUGUGCCCUGCCACGUGCUCUCGCCGCGCCCCGGACCCGGAGUAGCAUCGCGCAUGUCCGCCAUGGCCGCCACCGGAGCAGCGCUGCGGCUUCGCCUCCUGUUCCGGAUGCUGAGGGUGGGCGAGCUCAUCGCCCUCGCGGCGCUCCUGUCGUGGUCCUCCUCCCGCGCGCCGUCCGUGGCCGCCGCCGCGAUGCGCGUCGCGGGCUCGCUCCUCUUCAGCCCGCGAUUCGUGUUCGUCCUCGGCAACGCCAUCGUGCUCCUCCUCCUCGCGCUCUCCAGGCGCGAGCGUGUGGAGCCGUCCCCGGCCUCGUCCUCUGCUGGCGUCGGUGUGGAGCAGAGCCAGGCCCCCGCCGCCAGCUUCGCUUCGUUCGCCGCCCCAACGGCGCCGACGCCGACGCCGAUGCCGACGCAGGCAAGUGAAGCGGCCGUGGUGGCACUGCCGGCCAUGGCGAUGGCGACGGUGCCGGAGGAGGAGGAGGAGGUGGUGAAGCCGGUGGUGUCGGUGACGACGCGCGCCGUGAGCAAGGCCCGCGCGCCGAGGCGGACGCGGUCGGAGAAGAUGGGCCGGCGCGGCGAGCUUUCGAGGCGGUCGGCGUCGCCGGAGCCGCUGCCGCUGAUGCGGCGGUCGGAGUCGGACAACGGGCGCAGGCGGCGGUCGUCGGUGACGGCGCGGGACGUGGCGGAGGUGGGCGUGGCGCGCGGGUGGGCCGGCUCGGACGACGCGGAGGAGUUCCGGCGCACCGUGGAGGCGUUCAUCGCGAAGCAGACCCGGUUCCGGCGCGAGGAGGAGUCCAUGGCCGGCACGCUCGUCCUGGUCGAAUAAGUUUCGUCGGUGGCGUCGUCUCCUCGGUGAUGGUCGGGACCUGGUCGGAGACACUAUGUGCAAAGUACAUAAGGAAGAAGAAGAAGAAGAAGCUCUCGUCUCGUUGCCUCGCUCACUAGUCAGUCACUAGCUAGCUCAGCUAGGAGAGUUCGGUCAUGGCCAUGGGCACGCCUUCUUUUCUGGCGAGGCACGCACGGGCAUGGCAGAGUGGGUGCACAUGGGACGGGUGCGACGUGGUAUUACCGCGGCCGUCGGAUCGCCGGGAUCCGUUGGGCCGGGUCGCUCGUGGUGCUGAAUUUACUUGCUGUAGCGGACGGAACCAUGGGUGAAGAUGUCUCUCUCUUCUGCAUCGCCGGUUCAAAAACCUUGAAAUAAAAAGUACUCCCUCUGUAAACAAAUACUAUAAGACUUUGUAGAUCAGUGCAGAGGGGAGUGUAUAGUAGAAGCGGUUUGUGAUUCGGAAGGGAACACGCAUGGUAAAAUCUCCAUUUUUAA